AGAGAAUAGAAUAAAAUUUUUUCUCUUUUUCAUUAAUUGUCUUUUCUUUUACACCUUUAAUUGUAUUGAAUUUAAUUCUUUUCAAUUGAUUUGAUUAUUUUUCUCUGUCAUUAUUAUGGUUCAUUUUUAAUUUUCGAUUGUUGUUUGAACCUUUUAUUGGAUUUUCUUGGUUCCCUAUUUGUUUGUUUCUCUAUUGCUUGGUAACCUCGAUUUUUGGGUUUUCUUUUUGCUCUAUCUUAUCCUCGAAGGUAUUUGUUUAUUUACCUUUUCCCUUGGAAUAAUUUUCAUUUCUUCAUUCUUUUUGGUGUUUAUCUCAAGAUGAAUAUGAACCGAGGACCAGGUACUGUAUCUGGUGGGGAAAAUGUUGGAGGUCAAGCAAGUUCAAGUGGUCCUCAUGGGUCUGUUACAUCUCCUGGAUUUGCACCACCAAAUGCUAAUGGUCUUUAUGAUCACCAUUCACUUCAACAAAACAGUCAACCUUUACCUCAGGCUUUACCUCAACAACAACAACAACAACAACAACCACAAUCCCUACAAAGUCAACAACCAUCUCAUCUACAAUCUCAUGAUUAUCGGAAUGAUAUAAGUUCUAGUGAAUUACCUUUCAUUGGUGACACAACUUCUGCUUUUAGUGCAACUCCAUCUACUCCACGAUACGAAAUAUUUGCCAAUUUUACUUCGCCAUCAGUUAGCACCAUGAAGUACAAGAAUUUAGGUAAAAGCGGUUUACAAAUUCCCGUUGUUGGAUUCGGUCUUUGGAGUGCAUUUGGUACUCGUCUAAGUGACCAAGCUGCAGAAGAGUUGAUCUCAGUUGCUUAUGAGAAUGGUGUCAACUAUUUCGACACUGGUGAUGCUUUUGUUAAUGGUCGAUGUGAGGUCAUGUUAGGAAACAUAUUGAGAAAACGAGGAUGGAAGCGUAACACUUAUAUGGUAUCAACUAAGUUAUUCUGGAACAAUGGACCUUCAUCAACCACUGGUGGUUCAGGACUAUCAAGGAAAAUGUUAACCGAAGCUUUGGAAGCCUCAUUACGAAGAUUACAAUUACGUUAUGUCGAUAUCGUGAUAAUUAACAAAUUAGAUGGAAUGUGUCCUAUGGAGGAAAUUGUUCGAACCAUGAGCAAUCUAAUCGAUCGAGGUCUCUGUUUUUAUUGGGGAACUUCUAGAUGGUCACCGGUCCAUAUUAUGGAAGCUUUUUCAGUUGCUCGACAAUUUAAUUGUCCACCACCAACUUGUGAACAAAUGGAAUAUCAUAUGUUUACCCGUGAGAAGAUGGAGCUUUACAUGCCCGAAUUAUAUCACAAACUUGGUGUUGGUUCGAUUAUUUGGUCGCCGUUUUCAUUGAAUAACGAUGAAGGCAUUUCAUUCAUUUCGAAAAGAUCCCUGAAAACUGAUCUUAAAACGAAUAUUGCUCAAGGAAAAUUAACUGAGCUCAAUACAAUUACCAGUAAACUCUCGUGUGACCUUUCACAAUUAGCCACUGCUUGGUCUUUACGGAAUGAAAAUGUCAACUGUGUUCUAAUUGCACCUCGAUCUCUUGACCAACUCUACCUACAACUAAGCACAAUUAAAUUAUCAAACAAACUGACACCAACCAUUUUGGAAGAGAUGGAAAAAAUUCUCGAAAAUCGGCCAGUGGCCAGGAAAAAAAUUGUGCCGAGUGGUUCACUUAACAUUUUGGCAACGAAUGCAAUCAAUUCUAGUCGAAGAGAAUCAGCAACUAAUUUAUGAAACAAUUAGAUCUUAUCAACACAAUCCAUAAAUACAUUUUCUUCUCUAUCAAAACGAUUGAUGGACUAUCAUAAAUUAGGAAUACAUGAAGUAAACCCUCAUCAUCCAUCAUUUUGACUUCUAGUCAUCAACCUCUCAUCAAUUUUAUCUUUUUGGUCUCAUUUAUUGUUACCUUUAGUUAAUUUAUCUUUUUGUUUUGUUUUCAUCUUUCCUUAAUUUCAUUUUUCCUACCAAAUUUGUUACAAAAUUAUUUCUUUUUUUUUGCAAUUUGCCAAAUAUUUCAGUAAUUUAACUGUAUAAAUCUAAUUCUUUCCAUUUGAAACGUCGAUCAGCAAUUAACAACCAAGGAUUCAAACAGUGAAAACAAAAUCUGAUUAGAAAGUGACUACAAAUACAAUAGUGUAACAAGACAUUUAAAUGGACAUCAACCCAAUGGAACCAAGAGAAUUGACAAUUUUACAAUAACCAAAUCACAACCAAACAAUAGAUUGAGUAAACUAAUUGCUCAAAUGUUUAAAGGCUUUUGGAAGUCCAAGAAAAAAAAAUAGUCACCCACAAAUUUAAGACUAAUUUAAAUAACAUUAAAGCGAAUCACAAAUCAAUCAGAUAAAUUCAAAUAAAUCAAAACAUUUAAUUUAACCUAA